AUGUCGUCUGCUUUUGCUGCUGGUAAAGAAAAUAUUGAAAACAUGGAUAAAUUUGGUUUGAAGAGUCCACGUAAAAUUCUUGCCGAGAAUGUUAAUAAUGUACGUAAAAUGUCCAUUGGUACUGAUGAACCCGUACCCAACAAGGAAGCAACAACAAAUACCACUACUACAAGCAAUGUUGCUGGCACGUCUUUGGCCAACCGACCUGCUGUUCCCUUUGAUCCGUCUAUUGAACCCCUGCUAAAGGAAAAUCCCAAACGUUUUGUUAUAUUCCCAAUACAAUAUUUGGAUAUUUGGCAGAUGUACAAAAAGGCUGAAGCUUCAUUUUGGACCGUGGAAGAAGUUGACCUCUCCAAAGAUUUAACAGAUUGGGAAAAACUAACAGACAAUGAACGCUUUUUCAUUUCCCAUGUUCUGGCCUUUUUCGCCGCCUCCGAUGGCAUUGUUAACGAGAAUUUGGUUGAACGCUUUUCACAGGAGGUCCAAGUGACAGAAGCCCGUUGCUUCUACGGCUUCCAGAUAACCAUGGAAAAUGUUCACUCGGAAAUGUAUAGCAUUCUUAUCGACACAUACAUCAAGGAACGCGAUCAACGUGAAUAUCUAUUCAAUGCCAUUGAAACAAUGCCAGCUGUCAAGAAGAAAGCUGACUGGGCCCUAUCAUGGAUUGCAUCAGAAUCGGCCAAUUUCGGUGAUCGUGUCAUCGCCUUUGCCGCCGUUGAGGGCAUCUUUUUCAGUGGCAGUUUUGCCUCCAUCUUUUGGCUUAAGAAGCGUGGCCUUUUGCCCGGCUUGACAUUCUCCAAUGAACUGAUUUCUCGUGACGAAGGUUUGCAUUGUGAUUUUGCCGUCUUAAUGUUCAAAUAUCUGGUACAGAAACCUAGCCGAGAGCGUAUCAUUGAAAUCAUCAGAGAGGCUGUUAAAAUUGAACAAGAAUUCCUGACAGAAGCAUUGCCCUGCAACUUGAUUGGUAUGAACUGUGAACUAAUGUCGGAAUACAUUGAAUUUGUGGCCGAUCGUAUGCUGGUUGAAUUGGAUGUUGGCAAAAUCUACAAUACCAAGAAUCCCUUCCCAUUCAUGGAAAUGAUUUCCCUGGAUGGCAAAACAAAUUUCUUUGAACGCAAAGUAGGUGAAUAUCAAAAAUGGGGUGUGACAGCCAAUCGUUUGGACAAUGUUUUCACAUUGGAUGCUGAUUUCUAAAGCUGCAAUUUAUUUUGUGACACCAUGCCCCAAUCUCACU